AUGGCUAGCAACAAAGAUAGUGGCGGAGUUGUCUCCCUGACCACACAGUCCUUAAACUGUGGGGAAAACGAUGGACUUGAUGUAUCGAGGCUACAGAGUGGAGGCAGUCAGUCCAGGUGGAGGCGCUGGGCAGGCUUUUUCUGGGAUACGCUUGAUGGUGACGCCCGAGAACGUAGAUAUAUGCAGAAGUUGGAUACAUACUUAUUCUCUUACAUCUGCCUAGGUUAUUUCAUUAAAUUUCUAGAUCAGACAAAUUAUAGCAACGCAUUUGUGAGCGGGAUGCAGAAAGAUCUCGCGCUGUACGGCAAUGAACGCAAUCUACUGAAUACCUAUUUCAAUAUCGGUAUCAUCAUUGGAACUAUACCUUCGCAGAUGAUUCAACUUCGGUUUGUGCGCCCAUCGAUAUGGAUCCCAACCUGCGAGAUCUUAUGGUCCUCCUUAGUCAUGGCUAUGGCGGCGACGAAAAGAAUAGAGACAAUGUACGUCCUCAGGUUUCUGGUGGGACUGCUCGAAGCCUGUGCGUUCCCAGGCUAUGCGGCGCUGUUGGGAGGAUGGUAUGGGCCAAAGCAAUUGUCCAAGCGCAUGGCUAUCUUUGAGCAGACAAGUGCCAUCGCGAGCAUGUUCAGCGGCUAUCUCCAGGCGGCUCUGUACACUGGCAUGAAUGGGAAACUGGGCCUUGCGGGAUGGAGAUGGCUGUUCAUAUUUGACGGUGUAAUCUCAUUACCCAUCGCUGCUUGGGGUCUGUGGGCUAUUCCCGACCUGCCACACACUACCAGAGCUUUCUAUUGGAAAAGCGGAGACAAGGAGUACGGUAUCAAGAGGAUCGAAGCGCUUGGUCAACGACCACCCCAAAGACUGACCUUGAAAGCUAUAAAAAAGGUGUACACAAAUUGGCGUCUCUGGGCAUUUAUCCUUCCCUAUACGAUGGUUGCCCAAGCUGGGAGUGGCACAAACUAUUUCAACCUUUGGUUGGCUGCCGUUGAUUACAGUGUCGUCAACACAAACAUCUUGCCUACUGCCGGCAGUGCACUAAGCAUUGUAUCAGCGCUCACCUUUGGCAUCAUUGCGGACGCGACGGGCCAGCGGCUUCCUGCAAUCAUUACCGUGGAGCUCCUGGUGAUGAUGGGUAAUAUCCUACUAUCUGUUUGGUACCUGCCAAAGGGAGCUAUCCUGUUCGCCAACUACAUAGCUUAUAUUGGGGCUGCAGCUCAGCCUAUAGUCAUUGCAUGGGGCAACGAGCUCAAUAGGGCAGACCCGAAUCUUAAGCAACUACUGGUGGCAACUGGCAAUAUCUUUACAUAUUGUUUUUCAUCUUGGCUUCCUCUUGCUUUAUUUCCCACCAACGAGGCACCGAAAUACGCGUAUGGAUAUCAAGUGUUGAUACUUUUUGGAGGAUUAGCCAUCAUAGGGUGCGCUCUGCUCCAAAUAUUGCACCGAAAAUACGAUAGCCAUGACAAACUCACACCUCAGGGUUGCGAUGGGUCUACCCAGGAUGGCGAGUAA